AACUGUUCCAAAUAAGCCUUAAAAAACAGAACCCGCGACUACCCGCAUUAUGAGUGGCCUUGGUAAGUGGUUGAAGGCACAGAACUGGUUGAAGAUGCUCAUAAGGUAGCCAUCUCUGGUCCACUGUAACUAAGCAACGAGGCAACAAUUGUGCCGAAGGAAAAGGGAGGGUUGAGGCAAGGAGUUCUGGGAAAUUGCUUCCUUUCUCACAAUUUUAGGUUGUGCCAUAGUUUCAAGUGAUGGUAUACGACCAAUGUAUUUUUUUCCCAUGGCCAUGUCUCGUCCUUGACUAAAAAAUAUAUACACCACUUAAAGGUGUUAGAUGCAGAAAUCGGUCAGUCAUUAAUGGGCGCGUGAGACGACGAGAUUGUGCGGAGAAGCACGGCCCCACGGCCAGAGGUGGGACUCAUGCAGUAGAAACGAAGCCAUGGAAUAUGCAGGGAGCCGAAAGUCAAGCCCCCAGCCGCCCUCGGAUGCAGGUGACGAUAAGGGGGAUUCUGGGGUUCCCACCUUUAACCAAACGCAUAUGAAGAACGCAUUCCAACUCAUGAACGACCUGAGGAGUAAGAAGAUGCUGUGCGACGUGUUGCUGGUGGCGGAGGAUAUUGAGGUUCCUGCUCACAAGGUGGUUUUGGCUUCCUGCAGCCCCUAUUUCUGUGCCAUGUUUACAGCGGACAUGAGCGAGAGCAAAGCCCAGCGGGUGGAGAUCAGAGACGUGGACGGACAGACGCUCAGGAGGCUGGUGGACUACAUCUACACGGCGGAGAUCGAGGUGACCGAGGACAACGUCCAGGUUCUGCUGCCAGCCGCCAGCCUGCUGCAGCUGACGGACGUGCGGCACGCCUGCUGCCACUUCCUGCAGGCCCAGCUGCACUCCACCAACUGCCUGGGCAUCCGCGCCUUCGCCGACCUCCAUGCCUGCACGCAGCUGCUUAACCAGGCCCACGCGUACGCAGAGCAGCACUUCUCGGAGGUGAUGCUGGGGGAGGAGUUCCUGAGCCUGUCCCUUCAGCAGGUGUGUGGUCUCAUCUCCAGUGACAAGCUGACCGUGUCCACAGAGGAGAAGGUUUUCGAGGCCAUGAUUUCGUGGAUAAAGCACGAUAAAGAGGUGCGCUUGGAGCACAUGCCAAAGCUGAUGGAACACGUCCGCUUGCCCCUGCUGUCCAGGGAUUACCUGGUUCAGAUAGUGGAAGAGGAGGCUUUGAUCAAGAACAACAACACCUGCAAAGACUUCCUCAUCGAGGCGAUGAAGUACCACCUCCUGCCUGCCGACCAGCGACACCUCAUCAAGACGGACAGGACGCGGCCGCGCACGCCCAUCAGCCUGCCCAAGGUGAUGAUUGUGGUGGGUGGCCAGGCGCCGAAAGCCAUCCGCAGCGUGGAGUGUUACGACUUCCAGGAGGACCGCUGGUACCAGGUGGCCGACCUGCCGUCCCGACGCUGCCGCGCAGGUGUGGUGUUCAUGGCGGGGCGUGUGUAUGCGGUGGGCGGGUUUAACGGGUCCCUGCGGGUGCGGACGGUGGACGCGUACGACGGGGCGCGGGAGCAGUGGAGCUCCGUUCCCAGCAUGCAGGAGCGGCGCUCCACGCUGGGCGCGGCCGUGCUGGGGGACCUGCUGUACGCCGUGGGCGGCUUCGACGGCAGCACAGGCUUGUCCUCGGUGGAGGCCUACAGCUAUAAGACUAAUGAAUGGCUCUUUGUGGCCCCCAUGAACACUCGGCGCAGCAGUGUGGGGGUCGGAGUGGUGGAUGGGAAGCUGUACGCGGUGGGCGGGUAUGAUGGGGCAUCCCGGCAGUGUCUCAGCACAGUGGAGGAGUUCAACCCAGUCAGCAACCAGUGGGAGUAUGUGGCUGAGAUGGGCACCAGGCGCAGUGGAGCAGGUGUGGGGGUGCUCAGCGGGCAGCUGUAUGCAGCGGGGGGCCACGACGGCCCCCUGGUCAGGAAGAGCGUGGAGGUGUACGACCCCCCCAGCAACACCUGGAGACAGGUGUCCGACAUGAACAUGUGCCGGAGGAACGCAGGAGUGUGUGCCAUUAACGGGCUGCUGUACGUGAUUGGCGGGGACGACGGCUCCUGUAACCUCUCCUCGGUGGAGUACUACAACCCCGCCACGGACAAGUGGAGCCUGAUCCCCACCAACAUGAGCAACGGGCGGAGCUAUGCGGGGGUGUCGGUCAUUGACAAGCCCCUAUGACAAACAGCCUCGGCCAGCAGGGACCCACGGCCGCCCCACAGUCCAGACCUCAGCAUAGGCACCGAUGUCUGACCGGGCGUCAGCUUCAGGGACGGGCGCAGGCACCGCGGAGGACGCCCCGCGAAGGGGGCCUGCCCGCCCGGAGGUGCCGCCGUGCCGCUCGUACACUAAGACGUGAGAGUCGGGGUUGGGGUGGAGGGGUUUGGGGGGGGGGGGGGGGGGCCGAGUGGGUCACGCUGGCCUCGCGCACAAAAACGAAAUCUGCCUGGUGCAGAACUUCCCAAGAGCUGCUGCCAAAACACGGAGCCGGAGCGGACAGAGGGAGCCGGAGCCGGAGCCGGAGCCGGACGCCAUUCAGCAACGCCGCUGCUUCCGCGCUGAGCUUCCAGGGCCGCGCCUCCAGACUCCGCCCACAACGUAUUACUGUUGGCCGGAACGUUGGUUAGAUUGUGGCAGUGCGGAAACUGAAAGGGGGUAAACUGAGCGAGAGGAGCGGCAGACGCUGGCUGGGCCUGAGAGACACUGCUACAUCGUGCAGGAUAAGGGGAUAGACUGUGCCAAUACAGACCACUUCACCCAAAGCACUACUGACCUGAAAGGCACUGAGGCACAGCCAGUCUGUAAAAGGACUGGAACAGAGGGCUGUGAUGUCACGGUGUUCUUCCUUUUGGCCUGUUAGAGGGUGAGGUGUGUGUGAGUGUGUGUGUGUGUGUGUGUGUGUGUGUGGAGGGGGUGGAGAUGCAGGCAGCGGUAGGGCUGCCUAUGAGACUUGCUGUGAAAAGCACAGAAGGUCACCGCCCUCAUUAUAGGGACCAAGCCGAACCAGCAUGCCCCGGGGCCCGGAGGAGGUGGGAAGCCGCGUUUGACGAUGCCUUACCUCACAGCGGGAUCUGGUCCUCUCCGCCUGGGGCUGCGGCGAGCUGUAGAGUCCCGCGCUUCCACACCGUGCUCUUAGCACAGAGCUCCGCCUCCUCGGGCUGAGGGGAGACCCCUCUAAACAAACACCUGCCAUUCUGUGCUUUCCUGAGGUAAACCUUCAUCCCAAUCCACCCUUCAUAGGUCAAUUAUGUCAUAACACUACGGGUGUCAAAUGCACAGCACCUGAAUUUUUCAUAAUUAAAGUCUCGUAGUACUGAUGUGACAGCAGCGUACCUCCGAUACCCGGUGUUUGGGGUUACCCAGGGGCCCUUAAGACCAGGCGUCGGACGUUGGGCUUCGGUCUUACUCAGAGACCGGAGCGGGCGCAGUAGAGUCCGCAGACGGCGAAGGCGCCGGCGCGGGGUUGCAGGGGCAAGCCGUCUUCCUGUCGGCCGCAUCGGCGUGUUCAGGUGAGGUCCUGGUCCUGGAGUGCCUCGGUCUGCUGGCUUCGUGUCGUUACCCAGCACUUAAUCGAGCCAUCUGAGCAGCCGACCACCCUGCACACUCAGCUCACCCGGUUCGUUGGGUCUGAACCAACUGUUGAUUUUAAGGUGGAAAUAAAAAACCAAGGGGACCGCACGGCUUUCAGGGGCUGUGAGUCCAGUUACUCCAUUUACACUACGAAACUGGGAGGGAUAAACGGAGUAUCACAAGGGCGGCUCUUAAACAAGGAGUUAAAAUGAGGCUCUUUGAGCCGGAGUUUUAGUAAACAACGAUUGGCUGUUUGGAUUAUGCAAGCGCAAGUUCAAAUGCAAUUUCACAGUGAUCUUGCAAUUUCCACUGUGCUCAUUCGAUCUUAUUACUGGUUUUUAAGGUUUGCCGUGGUAAUCAGUUUUUUUUAAAUCCAUGGCUCGGUGUCAUUUUAAGACCGGUGCCUUUGUGAUACAAACCUUCUUAGUGUUACAUUGACACGCAUUAGAAUUGCAUUGUCGCAGUAAUAUUUUUAAAUGGGAGCCAUCGUCACAGACAUGGAUCCGGUGCCGCGGUGUAUAUUAAAGCCGGGGUCUCUGAUGGCUAACCUGCUAGCGAGCCCGAGCCCGCAAGCCGAUGGCAUUUCAGCCACCUUUGUGAACGGGCUCAUGGGAUCGAGGUGAAGGCGGAGCUCCUUUUGGGGACCUGUAGUGCUUGUGGGGACUCUGGGAACCUGAGCCCUCACAGCAUUUUCUUUUGUUUUGCCCUGAAUCGCCUGGUAUUUACAAGUGGUGAGGCGCUGCAGGCUACGGUUGCCUCGGGCCAAUUAUGGACAUCCUAUCAGCUCUGGCACAAACUGUGGUCACGCUAUAAAGCACCCUGAGGUGUAUAACAGGUAAAGAGAGGACUGCUUACGUCUGUGUAAUUCCGGCUAACUUUGCUAUGUAAUUGAAUAAAUACAGAUGGACUUUAAAUACAACGCAUUGGUGUUAGUCCUGAAAGCACAUUCCUGAGGAUUUAGAAGGUCAGUCCUGUGCGGAGAUUAGCCUACUCUGCUUUCCCUCUGGCUAUUUCUCAGCCCCCUGUCGGCGGCAGUGGACUGGGGCCAAAAGACCAGAGUGUGUGUGUGUGCGCGCGUAUGAGUGAGUGAGUGAGCGAGCGUGUGUGUGUGAGUGAGCGUGUGUGUGUGUGUGAGUGAGCGUUCCCUGCUCUGUGAUGGCGCUAUGCCACGCACUGGGCUUAGCUCAGCGUUUGGGUUCUGGUGUGCAGUAUACUCCCCGGAUGAGUAUCACCGAGUGUCAGAUACCGGUAUGUAUUGGCAAAGGGGUUCAGCUGGUAAUUCACCCUAUAUUUGCAAAGGCGAGCAUGUGACAAAGUAGGUUUGUAAAAAUAUAAGACAACAAACAUUUCAUAUUUGCCUGUUGCCAUAUGACUCCACAAAAAAAAAAAAAUUACCAUCAAUGUGAUUACACUGGCAAAUUUGAAUGCCUGGGGGGGAGUGUCACCUUAUCUGCCUUGUUGGACCGUCUCCAGUUCGCCUUUCAGCGCAGAGCCCGCACGUAAAUGUCAAGGGUGCCCUUGUUUACCGUUCGGACAGAGACAUUUUUAAUACCACCAGUGGCCAAGGGAGGGCAGCAACAAUGCGCUUAAAAAAAGUGAAAAAAAAACAACCCUGCUUAAAAUCUGCUGCAUCAGGAUUGCGUAAAUUGCGGCGGCUUCGCAGGGUCGAUUCUGCACGCCUCGAUCACGAGACUCCCGCGGUCAGCGCGUCCGCGGCGGCUCUGAACAUGAAGAGGGCGGCACGGAGCAGCGUCUCCGCGGAUACGGGCCGAGGGGUUAUUGAUGGCGCCCUUUUGCCCGGACGGAAGUGCCGCACACGUGAAAACGUCCUCGCCGCUCGUGUCCCGCGAGUGCGCUGUCCUUGAAGUGCCUGGAUAUAAUUACCCACCUGCACUAAAUUACAGCUCCGCUAAUGUUUUUAUAGCCUCUCGGCGCUUCCUGUUCGCAUCCAGGGCAAAGUGAGCUGUUGCGGGAGGGAAGAGACCGCCAGUGCCAACAGGCUGCGCGUUACACGCGCUAAUUGGGUUCAACGUGCAGCCCGAACAAAACAACCUCGAGCCGAGUGUAAAUUACAAUCUUUUAUUGUCUGCAUUUACUGUAACUUCAUUAUUACUGAUUGUACUUUGUCAACAUUGGUAAAUGGGAAAAAAAGAGCAAGCAUUCACACAAACAUUUAUAGAUACAUAUAUAUAUAUAUAUAUAGAUGAGAAGCAUCUCCACAUAUUGCGAGCCUCCGGGACGUGACGGACAGGUGUGCUCAUGCAUUCUGCCACGCCCCCCCCGGGCUCAAACGGAAACAUGCGUGGGAUGGCGAGGGAACAUGAACAUGGUAAAUAUACAUCCUACGGGCCUGUGUGCCCAACAUGGUUUUACCACUCCUUGCCAGCACAAUGAAACCAGAGGGAAUUUCACAUGAGCUCGACAGGCUGAUAUUCGUUUAAAAUACGGGAAUGGACAAUACUGAUGAUCAGGCGGCUGUGGCGUCCUGAAGUAAAAUAGGCAGAACCGCCAGUUUAAUUUAGUCAUGCAUUGUCUCCUUCCCCCAAUACUACACAACAUGGUGCAGGCAAAAGUGGUAAAAAAAUAGAAAAACUUAAGCAAACAGAACAAGAGCUGUACACUGUUUACAGGUUAAGUGAGUGGGAUUUUACAAGCUUGACUGCCAGGUUUAAAAAACAAAAACAAAUGUUCCCUCUAUCAAAAGAGAUUCAAUGUCCACAAGCCAUUUUACUGAGAAAUGCACAUACUGGGUUGAGAUCGAAGGCCUCGUUCCACUGAUACAGGCCUCCAUGCUAAUUUAUUGCUUCAUCUCCAUGGCACAAAAAUAGAAACAAUACAAAUUUUUGCCAUGCAAGCCCACUACACGAGUCUACCAUACAAAACAAGGCGGAUGCUUUUAGCCGAGAGGUACUACACUGUAUAGCAGGGGUUUGCAGAAAGUGAGAGCUUAAAAAACCAUUCAAAUACAAAAAAUAACUCAACGUAUCGCACAAAAUGUGAAACUUGAGAGGAGCGAACCUGUAAAUUAGCUUAAUUCUGACUUCCAUCCUUCAAAUAUUAGUAGUGCUAAAAAACAAAACAAAAAACAAGAUCCCCCCCCCCCCCCC